CUCCGUGAAACGCGGUUGCCGUAAACCGGGAGACAGACAGAGAGAGGACUGAGCGAGGAUGGCCUCAGAGGGUCUGCCAUCGCCACCCCCGCCCUCAGACCCCGGAGCGACCGACUCCGCACAGAUGCCCGCCAGGACACCCAAACCACCCACACCGCGUCCCCGCACCGCCGGCGACUCGUCCGACCCAUACCACCCGCAAAAACCAACCGACCCCAACCGCCCACUCAACGUCACAGACGCCCUCACCUAUCUCGAUGCUGUCAAGAUCCAGUUCCAUGACAGACCAGACGUGUACAAUAACUUCUUGGACAUCAUGAAAGACUUCAAGAGCGAAGUCAUCGACACCCCAGGCGUCAUCGAACGUGUCUCCAUGCUAUUUCACGGCAGUCCCCCCCUCAUCCAAGGAUUCAAUACCUUCCUCCCCCCUGGCUAUCGCAUCGAAAUUUCCUCAGACCCGUCAGAUCCCAACAUGAUCACCGUCACAACACCCAUGGGCACCACCACUCAAUCAACGUCCGAACCAGCCCGCUCCCGUGAAGCUAUACUCAAGUCGUCGCUCCCAGGACUGCCCUAUCCGCAAUUGCCUCGGUCCACAACUCCAUACCAGCUGGCCCACUUACAACUCCCCAUGGAUGCACUUACAUCCGGUCUACAACCCCCCUCCACUACUGCAGCUGCAGCUGCGUCCUUUCUCGGAAAUUUGAACAACAAGUUGGAAAACAGGCCCGCAGGUGAAUUCAACCACGCAAUCCAAUACCUCAACAAGAUAAAGGCCCGUUUUGCUGACGACCCCGACAUCUACAAACAAUUCCUCGAGAUGCUUCAGACAUACCAAAAGGAACAGCGUCAACUCCAAGACUCACAGGUCUAUUUGCAAGUCCAGGUUCUCUUCAAGGACGCCCCAGACCUUCUCGCCGAGUUUAAAGACUUCCUACCGGAGGCACCCAUCGCCGUUUCCGCUACAAACAAUGUGGAUAAGCCCGGCAGAAAGCCUCCCGCAGCAUCGAUUCCAUCGGGAAAGAAGAGGCGGAAAGCCCAAGAUAAAGACACGACCCCAAUACCCCCGUCUAGGUCAACCACCAACCGAACAAAGAAGAUCAAGCAUACCCACCGACCUGGGGAACCUGAGUCACCUCAUUUCUCUCCUUACGGCUUACCCACGGCUUCCCCCCCUCAUCCCAGUCACUCAGCAGCGCUUAUCCACUCACAUGCGUCCGCUUUUGCUCACUUGCCAAUUAUCCCUGGCAUGCAACCCAUCGUUCCCGGUGCGCAUCCUUCCGUUGUGUCUCCUCCCGAUGACCUCCUCUUCUUCGAACGCGCAAAGCGAACCCUCGAAAGCAAGGACACGUACGAGGAGUUUUUGAAGUUACUCAACCUCUACUCAAAAGAUAUUAUCGACACGAAGACGCUCGUCGACCUGGCACAAGCCUUCCUUGGAGACGGAGAGUUGCUCUCUCAGUUCAAGGAAGUUGCUGGGUACGACGAUUGUCAAGAUAAUGUCGAGCGUGGGCCACCCGGUAGCAUUCGCACAGGGCCGCCAGAACCGGUCUCUGCACAACCCGCCGGCGAAGGGGAAGGACCGAGCUAUCGCAGGCUCCCAGACACCGAAAUUCGACUAGCAUGUUCAGGUCGUGACCAGCUGUGUCGAUCCGUUCUUAAUGAUGUCUGGGUUUCCCAUCCUACUUGGGCGUCCGAAGAGGCUGGAUUCAUUUCUCACAAGAAGAAUGCAUUCGAGGAACAAUUACACAAGAGCGAGGAGGAGCGUCAUGAGUAUCAUGUCCAGCUAGAAGCGCUCGCACGCACGAUCGCACUCUUCGAGCCAGUUAAUGCGCGCAUUGAAGAGAUGACCAGCGAAGAGCGGGCAGCAUUCCGUCUAAAGGCCGAUUUUGGCGGGCCCAGCAAAAGCAUAUAUCACAGGAUACUAAAGAAGGUCUACGGCCGCGACGCGGGGUCGGAGAUUAUCCAAGCUAUCCAGGAAUGCCCGAGCUUUGCUGUUCCGGUCGUCUUUACGCGGCUGAAAGCCAAGGACGAGGAAUGGCGGCGCGCCCAGAGGGAGUGGAACAAGACCUGGCGCGAAGUCGAUGCGAAGAACUUUUACAAGUCUCUCGAUCAUCAGGGGAUCGUUUUUAAGACGAAUGACAAGCGGUGCAUUACGGCUAAACAUUUCGUCGGGAAUAUCGAGACCAUCAAGGCUGAGCAAAUGCAGAAGCGUGAACGUGAGCGGCAACGACCCUCCUUUGCUGCCGGAUCACCUGGGCACCAACUGGAAUUCGACCUGAGUCAGACAUCGGUGCUGCAAGAUAUUUUACGACUAGUGUACUCGUUCCUGGACCACUCUCAUGCCCACUACAGUGCCCAGGAGCGACGCUUAAUUGCGGGUUUCUUGCGUUCCUUUGUGCCUCUGCUGUGCACGUUCCCAACCGCGGACUUUGACGCCGUGUGCGGACUUGCCGACGGUCUUCGAGACGAUGACACAGAGCACGAAGUAUUGCACGCGCAACGAAGCGGUAGUAGAUCGGCUGGUGGAGGCGCCCUCCAAAACUCCCCGGUCGCGGCGGGAGAUCUGCGAAGACAGUUGCUGCGAGCGGCUCAAGAGAGGGCUCUUCGGACGGAAGGUUGCAAUGCAAUACAGUCCAGCCCAACCUCACCCAAAUCUGUUCGCGAUCCAGGUGACACCGAAAACAAGAGUGUAUUGUUUGAAGGCGGUUCGGAGAAUGUAUGGAUCCGCAUAUCGCAAACGAACACACGUGUAGGUCUUAACCAGUGGAAAUGCAAACCGUUCUUUUGCAACACGACCUUCUACACGAUGCUGUGCCUGCUUCAGCUAAUGUAUUCUCGGGUCAUGAUUUGCAAGGAAGCAGCCCGACAGACAGCAAAAAUGCUGAAUCCCACGGACUGCAAUCCGAUCGCAGUUGAUCUCGGUUUAGAUGAUCCUGCUGGUCCUGCUGCGGUUCUUGUUCAGGCCAUGGAAGCCCUGGGAGACCGGCGACCGAACGAGACCGCAGAUGUUUUCUAUCUAUAUUUUCUGGAGGCCUGUGAGAAAUUGUUCGAUAAUGAACUGGACCCUGGGCUAUUUGAGGAACACAUGCGAUGGUUUUUCGGAAACAAGGCAUUCUAUUUGUUUACUCUGGACAAACUGAUUGCAGCAUUCGUUAAACAGGUCCAGUUCGUGGUGUCCGAUAACAAGUGUCAGGAAUUAUGGGCGUUGUUGAGGGAUGUGCGCCGGGUUGGUGUUCUGACUAAUCAAGACAUGAUCCGAUAUCGACGAGAGUCAGAGAAACAUGUAGGGUCGGAUGAACACCUGUAUCGCGUGGAGUGGGAUCCCCACCUGAAAAAGAUGUACAUCCAGCUGCUUGACGCUGACGACCCGAGCGUGGGAGGAGAUCGGACUGCAGUUGGGCGGUGGCAAGAAUAUAUGGACUCGUAUGUGCUGCGGCAGCCGACUGAAUGGGUCCCAAGCCAAACGCGGCAGAGGAGCGAUGCACUUUUCCUGCGAAAGCAUGUACCGACCGAUGAAUCGCCACGGGUGUGGCCAGGGUGGAAUACGAUGCGAAUUAGGAUCAGUCCUAGGACAUACAAGUUGCUUUACGAGGCAAACGCAGAAGACGUGCUGGUGCGGGAACGAAGUGAGGAGGAAGAGCGCGAGCUUCGGGAACGAGCAAGGGCACGGAACGAGGAGCGCAGUCGAUCUCGUUGGCUGGUUUGGUAAUAAAAUAUCACGUGUGCUGUAAUUUGUCAUAGUUCGCUAUAUUUGGCUGGCAAUCGGGAAAGGGGUCUAUUUUUAGACGCGCCCUGGUGGACAGCUCUCAAACAAAUAAACUAAUAAGUGGUAAAAAUACAAAUUUUUAUUACUUAAGCGGGCCCAAAAGUUGAG